ACCCCCUGCGCUCCCGGCACACCGCAGUGCCUGGCGCGCCCGCGCAAGCUCACUCGCUCACUCGGGGCGCUGGGCGGGCGGGGCGGCGCUGACGUCAUCCACUGACCCCUUUCACCCCCCGGCCGAGGGGCGGUGGCCGCGCAGGCUCCGCGGGACGGACUCACCGACAGACAGGGGACGGAAGGACGGGCGUACGGCCAGGCCAUGCCCGGGGAGGCUGCCCGCGCCGAGCUGCUGCUGCCGGAGGCGGGCGGGCCGGGACCCCGCACAGAUCUGUCCUGUGAUGCGGCUGAGGCUACCACCCCAAAGGGGGACCGGCUGGAGCACUGUGCCCCGACAUCUGGGCCCAGCGCCCUGGCUCUCACGUUCCUGCACGGCAAGCCUGGUGCCCGGCCCCCACCUGAGGGAGCCAGCUGGGAUGCAGGGCCGGGCCGCGCCCCCUCAGCCUGGGCAGUCCAGGCGGAGGGCGGCCCCAGUCCAGGGCCCGCUGAGGUUCGGCCUGCUGAAGGCCCUCUCCCAGCCUCCCUGGAGCCCCGGAUUGUCAUGGGCGAGGAGACAUGCCAGGCAGCCCCGCUGCCCAGGGCAACCAUGCCGGAGCUCAGGGACUGGGAGGGUGGGCAUGCUAAUCUGAACCCACCCCCCGAGUUGUGUUCUCAGGGUGACCCUCCUGUGCCUUUCCCUGCCCCAGACUCCGAUUCCUACUUCACGCCUCCCUCCACCCCCACCAAGACAGCCUCCACCCUGCUCCCUGGCCCCGGGCCCCACAGGGACUCCCAGGAUGCCCAGGCUGAGCUGGGGGACUCGCCGCCAGCCUCGCCCACUGGCUCGUACAUCACGGCAGAUGGGGACAGCUGGGCCUCAUCCCCAUCCUGCUCCCUGAGCCUUCAGGCCCUGGCCGAAGGGCUGGAUGUGCCCUCGGGCUGGGGCUUCUCUCCACCCAGCUCUGUGGUCGAUGAGAGGGAGCUGCCCCCUGCAGGGACCCCGGACAGCUCGUCCCCAGAGUCCAGCCUCUCAGCAGACAGCAGCUCUUCCUGGGGCCAGGAGGGCCACUUCUUCGAGCUGGACUUCUUGGCCAAUGACCCAAUGAUCCCUGCUUACCUCCUGCCCUUCCAGGGCAGCCUGAUUUUCCAGGUGGAGGCGGUGGAGGUGACACCCCUGCCCCACGAGGAGGAGGAAGUGGAGGAGGAGGAGCAAGAAGAGGAGCAGGAGGUCCCCCUCCCCAGAGGGGAUCUAGCCGGGGAGGGCGAGGAUGAUAGCACAUUUGCAUCCUCCCUGCAGUCGCUGUCCGACCUGUCCAUCACCGAGGGCGUGGAUGAGGCCUUCGCCUUCCGGGAUGACACUUCAGCUGCCUCCUCUGACCCCGACUCGGCCUCCUACACGGGGGCUGAUGAUGAGAGGCUGUACAGCGGAGAGCCCCACGCACAGCCCACCACACUACUCCAGGAGAGCCCUGGGGAGGCUGCCUCCUGGGGCCCAGAGCUCACUCUUGGGGUGUCCAAGGGAGAGGCUGGCCAGGCUGCCAAGAGUCAGGAACCCAUCUCCGAGAUAACGAGGGUGGGUCCCGCUGCAGCCCAGGUGUCUUCUGCUAUGGCCCUUCACAUCCCACAGGAAUCUCUGGACCACACUGGGAUGAGCCCUCAGGCCCAGGGAGAAGAGCCAGGCUCCACCAUGGGACCAGUACCUGUUGCCCCAGUCACAUCUCAACCCCUGCAGGAGGGAGAUACUGCUACUUUAGGCCCAGAGCCCUGGAUUUCGAAGGGAGAAGCAGACCUCAACUGUCUACAAACCCUGAAGGAAGACACAGGCCAGGGGUUUGCCACUGCAACCAGCCCUGAACCCCAGCCAGAAGUGGAUCCAGCAGCAUUGCCACCCCUGCAGGAUGCAGGUAUCCCCUGGGUCCAGGAAUCUGCCUCUGAGACCAGCCUUGAGCCCCAGUUGGAAGAAGAAGGCCUGACAGCAUCCUCACCCCUGCAGGAUGCAGGUAUCCCCUGGGUCCAGGGAUCUGCCUCUGAAGCUAGCCCGGAGCCCCAGUCAGAAGAAGAAGAUCUGACAGCAUCCUCAACCUCACAGGAUGCAGGUCUCCCCUUGGUCCAGGGAUCUGCCUCUGAGGCCUGCCCUGAGCCCCAAUCAGAAGAAGAAGAUCUAACAGCAUCCUCACCUCUGCAGGACGCAGGUCCCCACUUGGUCCAGGGAUCUGCCUCUGAAGCUAGCCCGGAGCCCCAAUCAGAAGAAGAUCUGAAAGCAUCCUCAACCUCACAGGAUGCAGGUCUCCCCUUGGUCCAGGGAUCUGCAUCUGAGGUCAGCCCUGAGCCCCAGUCAGAAGAAGAUCUGACAGCAUCCUUACCCCUGAAGGAUGAAGGUCUCCCCUUGGUCCAGGGAUCUGCCUCUGAGGCCAGCCUGGAGCCCCAGUCAGAAGAAGAAGAUCUGACAGCAUCCUUAUCCCUGAAAAAUGAAGGUCUCCCCUUGGUCCAGGGAUCUGCCUCUGAGGCCAGCCUGGAGCCCCAGUCAGAAGAAGAAGAUCUGACAGCAUCCUUAUCCCUGAAAAAUGAAGGUCUCCCCUUGGUCCAGGGAUCUGCCUCUGAGGCCAGCCUGGAGCCCCAGUCAGAAGAAGAUCUGAUAGCAUCCUUACCCCUGAAGGAUGAAUGUCUCCCCUUGGUCCAGGGAUCUGCCUCCAAGGCCAGCCCUGAGCCCCAGUCAGAAGAAGAUCUGACAGCAUCCUUAUCCCUGAAGAAUGAAGGUCUCCCCUUAGUCCAGGGAUCUGCCUCCAAGGCCAGCCCUGAGCCCCAGUCAGAAGAAGAUCUAACAGCAUCCUCACCCCUGCAGGAUGAAUGUCUCCCCUUGAUCCAGGGAUCUGCCUCCAAGGCCAGCUCUGAGCCCCAGUCAGAAGAAAAAGAUCUAGCAGCAUCCUCACCCCUGAAGGAUGAAUGUCUCCCCUUGGUCCAGGGAUCUGCCUCUGAGGCCAGCCCUGAGCCCCAGUCAGAAGAUCUAACAGCAUCCUCACCCCUGCAGGAUGCAGGUCUCCCUUUGACCCAGGGAUCUGCCUCCGAGGCCAGCCCUGAGCCCCAAUCAGAAGAUCUAACAGCAUCCUCACCUCUGCAGGAUGCAGCUCUCCGUUUGGUCCAGGGAUCUGUCUUCGAGACCAGCCCUGAGCCCCACUCAGAAGAGGACCUGACGGCCUCCCCACCCCUGCAGGAUGCAGGUCUCCCCUUGGUCCAUGGAUCUGCCUCCGAGGCCAGCCCUGAGCUCCAGUCAGAAGAAGUGACAGCAUCCCCACCCCUGCAGGAUGCAGGUCUCCCCUGGGUCCAAGGAUCUGCUUCUGAGGCCAGCCCUGACCACCAGUCCGAUCUGAAAGCAUCCUUGCCCCUGCAGGAUGCAGGACUUCCCUUGGUCCAUGGAUCUGCCUCUGAGGCCAGCCCUGAGCCCCAGUCAGAAGAAGAUCUAAUAGCAUCCUCACCCCUGAAGGAUGAAUGUCUCCCCUUGGUCCAGGGAUCUGCCUCCGAGGCCAGCCCUGAGCUCCAGUCAAAAGAAGAAGUGACAGUAUCCCCACCCCUGCAGGUUGCAGGUCUCCCCUUGGUCCAGGGAUCUGCCUCCGAUGCUACUUCAGAGCCCCAGUCAGAAGAGCUGACAGCAUCCUCACCCCUGCAGGACGCAGGUCUCCACUUGGUCCAGGGAUCUGCCUCCGAGGCCAGCCCUGAGCCCCAGUCAGAAGAAGAGGAGCUGACAGCAUCCUCACACCUGCAGGACGCAGGUCUCCCCUUGGUCCAGGGAUCUGCCUCCGAGGCCAGCCCUGAGCUCCAGUCAAAAGAAGAAGUGACAGUAUCCCCACCCCUGCACGUUGCAGGUCUCCCCUUGGUCCAGGGAUCUGCCUCCAAUGCUACUUCAGAGCCCCAGUCAGAAGAGCUGACAGCAUCCUCGCACCUGCAGGACGCAGGUCUCCCCUUGGUCCAGGGAUCUGUUUCCGAGGCCAGCCCUGAGCCCCAGUCAGAAGAAGAGGAGCUGACAGCAUCCUCACACCUGCAGGACGCAGGUCUCCCCUUGGUCCAGGGAUCUGUUUCCAAGGCCAGCCCUGAGCCCCAGUCAGAAGAAGAGGAGCUGACGGCCUCCCCAUCCCUGCAGGACGCAGGACUCCCCUUGGUCCAGGGAUCUGCAUCUGAGGUCAGCCCUGAGCCCCAGUCAGAAGAAGAGGACCUGACAGCCUCCCCACCCCUGCAGGAUGCAGGUCUCCCCUUGGUCCAGGGAUCUGCCUCCGAUGCCAGCUCAGAGCCCCAGUCAGAAGAAGAGGAGCUGACAGCCUCCCCAACUCUGCAGGAUGCAGGUCUCCCCUUGGUCCUGGGAUCUGUUUCUGAGGCCAGCUCAGAGCCCCACUCAGAAGAAGAGGAGCUGACAGCCUCCCUGCCCCUGCAGGACACAAGUCUCCCCUUGGUCCAGGGAUCUGCCUCCGAUGCCAGCUCAGAGCCUCAGUCAGAAGAAGAUCUCACAGCCUCCCCAACUCUGCAGGACGCAGGUCUCCCCUUGGUCCAGGGAUCUGUUUCUGAGGCCAGCCCAGAGCCCCACUCAGAAGAGGAGCUGACAGCCUCCCCGCCGCUGCAGGACACAGGUCUCCCCUUGGUCCAGGGAUCUGUUUCUGAGGCCAGCCUGGAGCCCCACUCAGAAGAAGAGGAGCUGACAGCCUCCCCACCCCUGCAGGAUGCAGGUCUCCCCUUGGUCCAGGGAUCUGUUUCUGAGGCCAGCCUGGAGCCCCACUCAGAAGAAGAGGAGCUGACAGCCUCCCCACCCCUGCAGGACGCAGGUCUCCCCUUGGUCCAGGGAUCUGCCUCUGAUGCCAGCUCAGAGCCCCAGUCCGAAGAAGAGGAGCUUACAGCCUCCCCAACUCUGCAGGAUGCAGGUCUCCCCUUGGUCCAGGGAUCUGCCUCCGAUGCCAGUUCAGAGCCCCACUCAGAAGAGGAGCUGACAGCCUCCCCGCCCCUGCAGGAUGCAGGUCUCCCCUUGGUCCAGGGAUCUGUUUCUGAGGCCAGCUCAGAGCCCCACUCAGAAGAGGAGCUGACAGCCUCCCCACCCCUGCAGGACGCAGGUCUCCCCUUGGUCCAGGGAUCUGCCUCCGAUGCCAGCUCAGAGCCCCAGUCAGAAGAAGAUCUCACAGCCUGCCCAACUCUGCAGGACACAGGUCUCCCUUUGGUCCAGGGAUCAGCCUCCAAGGUCAGCCCGGAGCCCCAGUCAGAUCUCACAGCCUCCCCAACUCUGCAGGACGCAGGUCUCCCCUUGGUCCAGGGAUCAGCCUCCAAGGCCAGCCCGGAGCCCCAGUCAGAAGAAGAUCUCACAGCCUUCCCGCCCCUGCAGGAAGCAGGUCUCCCCUCCAGUCAAGUAUCUGCCACCAGUGCCAGCCCUCAGGCCCCGAUGACUGACACAGGCUGUAUCCAAGAGACAGAGCCCACAGCCACUGCAGCCCAUAGGAAAGGAAGAAAGACCCUGGGACUGAGGCCAGCACCUGAGGAAAGAGACCCAGACCACACUCGAGGAUCAGACUCUCUGGCCUUGGAUCAGAUACAUCUGGGUGGCCCAGACCUACCUGCAGAUGCUCGGACUCCCUUGGAGGGAGAUGCAGGCCCCUCCAAGCCUGCCACAGAGGUCCCAGACACACCUGAGCCUUUCACAGCCACCCAAGGUCCCCCAAAGCCUGACUCCAGUGGGGAGGAAGUAGCUAAGGGCAUUUUGGCACCUGAGCAGGAAGCCUGUCAUGAUGUUUGUGCACAUGGGGGUGAUGGAGCUGAGUCCAGCUCACCCCCAAAGGAGGCCCUGGGGGCUGAGCACCAGGGCCAUGAGGCCCUAAAGCCAGUGGUUCAUGGCCCAGGGGUGUGUCCUACUGCCAGCCUGGAGGUUGGCCAGUUGGGGCCCCCAAGCCCAGUGGAGGAAGGAAGGGCUACUCUUGGGCACAGGCUUCCCAUGGCUGUGGGCUCAGAGGUUGGGCUGAGCUCCUGCUCAGAGUCUCCUUCAAGAGCUGUGCCCAGGCUGGGAGGGCACUGUGCCAAAGAUCCUGCCCCAACAUCUCCACUGCCCUUGAGGCAGCCAAAGCCUGUGCUGGGCCCAGGCAGGGGAGAGCAGGCCCAGGCAGCACUUGGAGCCCUUGGCCCCUCCCCACUGCAGCCUCCAGAAAGCCCCAUAGGGGGCCUUCCCAGUGCACCCCAAGACAGGAUCCAGGGCCCUGAGCCCCCUGCUCCUGGUGUCCUCAUGGAGGCAGUUCCAAGCCCCCUGGCAUCCCCUGCUCCCUGCCCUUGCCGGGGACCCCGGGAAGACUUGGUGGAGGGUGCGGAGCCCCUGGGCUCUCCGAGCCACCCACCACCUCGGCCAAGAACCCAGCGGGCGGUGGCUGCCUCCUCAGGGAUCACAAACCCCCCUGGGGCUGGGCAGGUCAGCCUCCCACCCCACCCCACCCUCCUCAGCCCCAAGGCAGCCCCCAAGAGGGGUACCCAUGCCAAAGACCCAGCCUCGAGGCUCUCGCCCCCUCGCCAAGUGCCUCCUGGCUCUGGGCCCCGGAGCCCAGCCGGCCCUCGAGGGCUCCCAGCCACCGAGCAGCAGGAUGACGGCGACAGUUUGGAGGAAGACUCGCCCCGCGCUCUGGGCUCUGGCCAGCACUCGGACAGCCACGGGGAGUCGUCAGCCGAGCUGGAGGAGCAGGACCUCCCAGGACCACAGACAGCACAGUGCCCAGCCCAGGUGCCCGAAAAGGCCCCAGCUGGCAGUGGGAGCGAGGAGACAGUCGCCAAAGCCAAGCAGAGUCGCAGUGAGAAGAAGGCCCGAAAGGCAAUGUCCAAGCUGGGCUUACGACAGAUCCAGGGGGUCACCAGGAUCACCAUCCAGAAGUCCAAGAACAUCCUCUUUGUCAUUGCCAAGCCCGAUGUCUUUAAGAGCCCAGCCUCAGACACCUACGUGGUCUUCGGCGAGGCUAAGAUCGAGGACCUGUCGCAGCAGGUGCACAGAGCUGCAGCUGAGAAGUUCAAAGUGCCCUCGGAGCCCUCCGCCCUGGUGCCUGAGUCAGCACCUGGGCCGAGGGUGAGACCCGAGUGCGAGGAGGAGGAGGAGGAGGAAGAGGAGGAGGAGGUGGACGAGGCAGGACUGGAGCUGCGGGACAUCGAGCUGGUGAUGGCGCAGGCCAACGUGUCAAGGGCCAAGGCCGUGCGGGCCCUGAGGGACAACCAGAGUGACAUCGUCAACGCCAUCAUGGAGCUGACCAUGUAGUUGCUGACCAGAGGCCCGGCUCCACCCCUGCCCCUAGCUCUGCUGCUCAAUAAAGUGAUGUCCCUUCAUCGCC